GCCCCACGCACUAUACAGCAAAGAUUAUACAGCGCCGCUGCGCGGCGCUAUACAAUCUUUGCUCUACAGUGUGUUACUGAUCCGAGAACUUCAGCCUGGCAAGAACCGGCGGGAAUCACUCAAUCGGGAAUUCAGUGAAACAGAAUGACCACCACUACCAGCGUUCUCCUCUCUCGAUGUGAAAGUUUAAGAAGAAUUUUACAGAAGAGUGUGCAACCAGUUUAUAUGAAUAAUUUGAAAAGACUUUACAGAGAAAGGAAACGUUUCUAUCAAAAUGUCAGUAUCAGUCAUUCAGGGAGAUACUUUGAGGUCAACUUGGACCGGAGGAAGGUCAAAACACCCGCCGGCCAACUCCUCACCGUUCCCAACGAGCCGUUAGCUAUUGCCGUAGCAACCGAAUGGGAUAACCAAGGAGUUGAAAUAAAGCAGCACACAAUGCACUUGACUACAUUAUGUAACACAGCCAUUGACAACCCCUCUGGUAGGAACAAAGAGCAGGUUGUUAGAGCCAUCCUUCACUUCCUGGACACAGACACAAUAUGCUACAGACUGAGAGACCCACCAGAGCUGUUUGCCCUCCAGACCAACGAGUGGGAUCCACUCCUGGAAUGGAUCAACGCCAGGUACAAGGUUGAGGUGUCCUCGUCAACCUCCAUCGCAGGGCCUCAGAUACCGGAAGCGACCAAGGAGACGUUGAGACAUCACCUGGAGACGCACUCAGAUUGGGCACUUAUAGGGUAUGAAAACAUGGUGAGUUCCCUGAAGUCCCUGGUGCUGACCUUUGCCCUGAUGGACAGGAGGCUGAGUGUGGAAGAAGCCGUCAAACUGUCACUACUAGAGACAGAGUUCCAGAUUGCAAGAUGGGGUAGUGUGGAAUGGGCGCAUGACACAGAAAAUGCAGAUCUGAAAGCACGUGUUGCUGCAGCCGCACUCUUCACGCAGUUGGUCUCAGGGUCGCACGAGGUCAAACAAAAACAACCCGUUCAGUAUUAACCGAGGAAUGUCGCACCAUAAGCAGUGCUUGACACAGUUUUCGUUUCAGCCAAGCAUGCAUGGAACAGAACAAAGACCUCAGUGGAACGUUGUGAAAGUCACAAAAAUGUGGUAUGUGCACUAAGUGGGCUUUGCCAGACUUCUUUAGAAUGAUUGAUUGAGACUGGACUC